AUGACAACCUUUUUUGAGGGAGAAUACACAAUCAACAGGGGCCGUAUCAAGUGGACAUGUCCCCUCCAAAGCAUCCCCGAUACCAGCCUUCUGAAGAAUCUCGUGAAACGACUUGUUUCAAGUAAUGAAUCUGUCAGAAGGACAGCAUACCUGGCUGCCAGAGAUUUGAUAAAACACAGCAGAUCCGAUUUUCUCAUUAAAAGCCUGCGCCAUGGCGGCCUCAGUUCCAUGAGAACAGUCUUUUACGAAGCAGAUCCUUUCGCCCAACGUUGGAAUGGCAUCGCGGCCUGCAUGAACCUGGUGCAAGAUUUGGUCGGGGCAGGAUCUGAGGUCAAAACCUAUCUACUGUCACGCUGGCAACUUCUUCUGCGUCCACUCAAACUGCAGUAUGAGGCUCUCAAAAAAGUCCCAGUCUAUGAUGAUUUAGGUCCGGCGUUAAAUAACGAGGCGGCAACACACCAGCACGCCGGCUCGAAUGUGAACAAUUCUAGCGACUUUCAGGAACACAUUCGGGAUUUUUAUCAAAAGUUAAGGCCUCAAAUAGCUGAUGAUCCCACAAAAAACCUUGAUAGGGAGGAUGUGUUUGCAUUUUCGGAAUUUCUACGACAUUUGGAGACUAUAUUUCUGACCGCACAGGAUGUGACAGAUGAGCCUUCCGUCGAGGAACUAUUCCAAGCGAAUAAGCUGCUGGACCCUGCUCAUAGUAACGUGGUCUUUGAGGAGGGGAAGUUCGAGUAUGCAGAAGGAGACAUCUUGCCGGGACCUAGACUCGAUUACGACCUCGAAGAGGACAGGCUUGAAGGGUAUCAGAGAAAGUUGGGUGUAUUGCCCUACGCGGAAGACUUUGUUUUUCUAUCUGAUAACAACUUACGGUCAAUUCAGCUGUUCAGUCUCGAGGAGCUACCCGUCAUAACGAUAGAGAAGAACUCUGCAGCUAAUUCAGUGAGUACUGAGAAACCCUUUAGUGGGACGUAUCCAUCGCUUGCAGAAUGUGACCCUCAGAGACCUUCUCACACAAAGCCAGAGGUUUCUUUAGCCACAAAGGCACAGUCUAUAGUUAGAACAGCGGUCAAGAACGUUGCUGGUCGGUUGAGCGACCUUGAGCUCGCCAAUAACUUGGAGAGGGCCCUAUCAGAAGAGGCUGCUUUGACCACGAGAGCGCAGUGCGCUGUCAGGAAGGCACUGGAGAAUGUUACCGACACGCUAGGCGAUGCCCAACUCUCAGAGAAAGUGGAGAGGGCCAUGUCAGCCGAACUUUUUCAAAAUAAUCCAACGGAUCCAAAUCCUUCCCUCCAAUCAGACAUCGGUGAUACCGCAUCUACAGAUGUUUAUCAGGCUCCCCUGAGCAUUCAGGAGGGGAACCAAGGUACUGGAAUCAACUCGCCAGGGUCGCAAACCUCAAGGUCUUCGUUUGCUAGGAAAGGCAGCGGUGCACAGAUGCUACAAAUUACCAAGUCGAAGGAGACCAACUUCAACAAGCUGACGCCAUUGAGCAAUUGCAGUGUUGCGAUGAUGCAGCGCCAGUCAGCCACAGGUCCAGUGUCGAGUGUUACGGCGACUGGAAUGGGUGCAUCUAGUCCUACAAGCGAGGCCUCAUCCUCAGUGGAUCAGAAAGGCCCGCUCAAGACUGUACCCACAUUCAAGGGUUCUGCGCCUCUCGAGGGCAGACGACGCAAAUUCACAAAAAAGCUACCCAAACCCAGCUCCCCGGAUUCGGACUUGGAAUCCGACAGAGCACAGCCUAUUCCAUGUUUUCCGAGGAGCAGAGCGGUUGCCGAUACUGGCGUCUUCUUAAUAAGGCGAACCAGUUCCUGCAGCCGGAACGUCUGCCGACGUUCACUUGAGAGUUCUGCAUCUACUGUUAACGCUUUUUGA